AAAAAAGAAAAAAAAAAAAAACAGUAAAAAGCGUAUUAUUUCAAGGCCUCUUUCGAACAUCGUAAGAACAGUAUAGCACAGUAUAGAUUAGUAUAAGAGAAAGAGCAGGACUAUCUCUCCUGCAUACAUAUUUAUAUCAAAAAGGAGUAAAAGUGAGUGCAACGUACUCUCAAAAGUGUAUUAAAAUUUAUUAUAAUAUUUUUUCAUAAAAUUUAACAUGUGCAAUUACAAUUUGACAUAAUUGUUAACAAAAAAAAAAAAACAAAAAUUACUCAUAAAUAAUUCAACUUCAACUAUCUCAAAAAAAUUACUCAUCAAAAAUUAAAUAUACCUAAAAAAAAAUAAUAAUCAAAAAAAUAAACAAAAGAUCAGGGAGGGCUGUUUUUUUUAUUUUUUAUUUUUUAGUCUAUGCGUGUGUGUGUUUUUAUGUGUAUGCGACAUUACCGACAUACUGAAAGUCGCCCUUCUUCCGCGGGUGUGUGUCGGGCGUGUCGAAAGAGCCGCGGAAUUCAUCAAUAAAUUAUAAAUAUUUAAAAUAAUAUUAUAUCAUUAUUAUAAAUAAUUAAUUAACAAUUGAUAAUAGUUAAAAUUUAUAUUUUAUAAUAUUUUUUUAAUUAUCAUUGUAAAUGUGAGUGUUUUUUUCUCUUUUUUUUUUUUGUUAGCAAGUGAAUCGUGUAUGUUUUCUUGUGUAAUUUUUUUUAUUAAUGUGUAUGUGUAGAUGUGGAUUCUGUGUUGAGAGAGCAACGCACUGAGAAGAGAGGGAUAAAAAAGUGAGACAUACAUAUUGUAUUUUAUCAAAGUGUGUUAAAGACAGAGAUAGUUUAACUAGUAGCGUAUCAAGAUGGCGCAUAAUUUGGCACCGAGUGUUAACUGCUCUCUCGAUGAUAUCGACUUGAAUGCACUCAAGGAUCCAGCUGGUAUUUUUGAGCUCAUUGAAGUCGUUGGAAAUGGCACAUAUGGACAAGUUUACAAGGGUCGGCAUACCAAGACUGGCCAGCUGGCUGCCAUUAAAGUUAUGGACGUCACGGAGGAUGAAGAGGAGGAAAUUAAACUUGAAAUAAAUGUUCUCAAGAAGUAUUCAAAUCACAGAAAUAUUGCAACAUAUUAUGGAGCCUUUGUUAAAAAAUCACCACCUGGAAAAGAUGAUCAAUUGUGGCUGGUCAUGGAGUACUGUGGUGCUGGAUCAGUCACAGAUCUUGUUAAAUCCACAAAGGGUCAAAGUUUAAAAGAAGAAUGGAUCGCUUAUAUCUCAAGAGAGAUUUUAAGAGGACUCAGUUAUCUUCAUAGUAAUAAAGUCAUUCACAGAGAUAUCAAAGGACAAAAUGUUUUACUUACUGAUAAUGCUGAAGUAAAAUUAGUUGAUUUUGGUGUAAGUGCACAAUUGGAUCGUACAAUUGGUAGAAGAAAUACAUUUAUUGGUACGCCAUAUUGGAUGGCACCUGAGGUAAUUGCAUGUGAUGAAAAUCCUGAAGCAACUUAUGACAACAGAAGUGACCUUUGGUCACUUGGUAUAACUGCACUCGAAAUGGCAGAAUCACAACCACCUCUUUGCGACCUCCAUCCCAUGAGAGCUCUUUUCCUCAUUCCACGUAAUUUACCACCAAGGCUUAAAUCUAAAAAAUGGGCAAAAAAAUUUCAUGGUUUUAUUGAGACUGUUUUGGUUAAGGAUUAUCAUCAAAGACCUUAUACAGAACAACUUUUAAAACAUCCAUUUAUAAGGGACCAACCGACUGAACGACAAGUUAGAAUACAAUUAAAAGAUCAUAUUGAUCGUUGUAAAAAACGUAAACAAGAAAAAGAACGUGAUGAUUAUCGAUAUAGUGGUAGUGAAAAUGAAGAUGAUGAGCCAGCAUUGGCUGGUGAGCCUUCAUCAAUUGUUCAAGCACCUGGUGGUGAUACAUUACGUCGUAAUUUCCAACAAAUACAAGAAGGAAGAACAUUAACACAGGACAUUCCUCAACAACCACCACAUCCUGGUAAAGAUAAACCUGGUAAUGGUAGAGGACACAGAGAAAUACCAGAACCAGGUCCACCAGCAAGACCAGCAAUUCCUCAUCGUUUAAUUGAACCACAACCACCAUCUCGACCAUUACCACCAACUCCACGUGAUGAAAGAAGAAUUGUUAAUAGUGUAACUCCACGUGAUGAACGUAGAUCAACAAAUAAUAUAUCAACACCACCAACAAAUCAUCAUUCAUCAUCAGCAAAUUCAAGUGGUGCAGUUAGCAAUAGUGGUGGUGGAGGAUCUGCUGGACAACCAGAACCACAAAGAAAUAGUCAUGUUUUUAAACCAAUGGACUUGGACAUGCUGGCUGCUCAACUCAACGAGCUUGGUGUGUCACAGGGCCCUGAAGCCCCGCCACGGCCAAAUAGACAACACAAGAGUCCUGCACCAGUUCAAUCAACAAAUCCAACAACUCAUAUUGCACAAACUGGAAAUAAUGAAACAAACAACAAACAGAUGCCACAAUCUUCUAGUAUACUUGAUCAAGCAUUGUCAGUUGAGAGUGACAGUGAUGAUGACUUUGAGGAUGCAAGUGGAAUUAAUGCCAGAAAUGAUGGAACAUUAUUGGCAAGUGAUCCACCAAAACCAUUACCUGAAUUUUCUCCUUUCAGACCGUCUUCAGAUUCGUCAUCUUCGUCUUCUCACAAUGCACCAAAUCAUCAUGAAGGCGGUGCACCAAAUCGACCAUUACCACCAACCCCUGACGAAGAAGAAUCGGGCGAUCGUACGCUAGUCAUGAAACGAAAACAUAAUCAGACAAAAGACGAUAAUGUGACCAACAACAGGCGUUCAGAAAUUGAUGAACAGCUACUCCUGAAGGAGUGGGAUUUUACGAGAUUCUUUCAAGGGUUUAACGAAAAGUUGGAUAAAAUGAAACAGGAGGCGAGUAGCAGUAGCAGUUCAAAGAUUAAAAAUGAGGAUAGAUCAUCAUCAUCUGGUGAAAGAACAUUGAAACGUUUUGAGAAUGGAGCCAAAAAAAAAUCAGAUCAAUUACAACAACAAAAAGCACCGCAACAACAACAAAAGCCUCAACAAAUAAAAAUGAUUCAAAAACAAGCAACAACAAAUCAACAAACAUCAUCACAAUUAAAAUCCGUACAUCGUCGUCAAGAAUCAGAUACAAAAAUAUCAAAUGCAAGUGCAUUUGCACGUGCAUUUAGACGUGAAAAUUCUGAUUUUUUUCCAUCAACACGUCAUUCAGCAUAUUUACAAAAAUCUGAACCAAGAACAAGUUUAUUUUCAAGUGGUAAUAGACGUGGUAGUGAAAUAAGUGUUGCUGGUAUAAAUUGUAAUAAAAAAAAUAAUAAUUUAUUAACUGGUGAACCAAUAUUAACUGAUUAUACAUUUAAUAAUAAUAAUAUUAAUAAUAAUUUAAAUGAUAAACAACCACAAAGACCAAGACGUGAAAAAACAGAAAGUGAAAUUGUAUUUGGUAAUAGAAAUAAUAUUAAUAAUAUUAAUAAUAUUAAUAACAACAAUGAUUAUAUGAGAGAACGUACGGAUAAUAGAAGACGUAGUUGUAGACCAAUUGAUGCAAUAUCAUCUGAUGAUGCUGGUACAAUUAAAUCAACAGCAAGUACAACGGCUAGUGAAUACAGCCCAGUUUUAACUCAGAAUCGAGAGGGGGGAGAACGAGGAAGAAGCGGCGGUGGCAGUGAGUUCCAGAGGUCAGAUUCGUCCCCUGGCUCACGACCUAGCUCCGUACUACCGGACCUUUUGACCUCGUCACCGGGUCAACGCCAGGACAAGUCCACAAGCGAAGAGUAUCGACAAGCUGUAAAAACACCUGCUCCUCUUGCACUUCAACAGAAACAACGUUCAUUUUUAACAUUUGGCUUUGGAGCUGGACCAACAAGAAGAGAAUCACAUGUAAAUGUUAAUGUGACACCAACAAGUCAUGAUUUAACAUCAGAUACACCAGAAAUACGAAAAUAUAAAAAACGUUUUAACAGUGAAAUACUUUGCGCUGCAUUAUGGGGCGUGAAUUUAUUAAUUGGAACGGAAAAUGGUCUAAUGUUACUUGACAGAAGUGGACAAGGAAAAGUUUAUCAAUUAAUAAGUAGACGAAGAUUUCAACAAAUGGAAGUACUUGAAGGACAAAAUAUUCUUGUUACAAUUAGUGGUAAAAAAAAUCGUGUUCGAGUAUAUUAUUUAUCAUGGUUAAAAAGUAAAAUUUUAAGAACUGAUGGACACAGUGACCAAGUUGAAAGACGCAAUGGUUGGAUAAAUGUUGGUGAUCUACAGGGUGCAGUACAUUUUAAAAUAGUAAAAUAUGAAAGAAUAAAAUUCCUUGUUAUUGCAUUAAAAGAUUCAAUUGAAAUUUAUGCAUGGGCACCAAAACCAUAUCAUAAAUUUAUGGCAUUUAAAUCAUUUGGCGAACUUGCACAUAGACCAUUACUUGUUGAUUUAACUGUUGAAGAAGGUUCAAGACUCAAAGUUAUUUAUGGUAGUGCUGAUGGUUUUCAUGCUGUUGAUUUGGAUUCAGCAAGUGUUUAUGACAUUUAUUUACCCAAACAUACUCAGGGACCCAUUAGUCCACAUUGUAUUGUUGCAUUACCAAAUAGUAAUGGAAUGCAAUUAUUAUUAUGUUAUGAUAAUGAGGGUGUUUAUGUCAAUACAUAUGGACGUGUAUCAAAAACAAUGGUAUUACAAUGGGGUGAAAUGCCAACAAGUGUUGCUUAUAUUGGCACUGGACAAAUUAUGGGAUGGGGUAAUAAAGCAAUUGAAAUAAGAAGUGUCGAGAGUGGACAUCUUGAUGGAGUUUUUAUGCAUAAAAAAGCACAACGGCUCAAGUUCCUUUGUGAACGUAAUGAUAAGGUAUUUUUCUCAUCGGCAAAAGGAGGAAGCUCCUGUCAAAUAUAUUUCAUGACAUUGAAUAAACCUGGUAUGGCCAACUGGUGAUCUAAAAUAAGGCCAAAUAUGGCCAAAUUAUCACAUAAUAAAAAUCAUAAAUAUCAUAAUUUACCACGUGUUACUGGCUAUAUAACUGAAUAUAAAAAAAUUAAUAAUUCACUGCCACACAAUAAUAAUAAAAAUUUAAUAAAUCAACAAUAUUAUGAUUAUAAAGAACAGCAAUAUACAAAAAAAAUACAACAUAAAAAUCAUCAAUAUUAUUAUAAUAAUUAUGAUAAAAUUAAUAAUGAUGAUAAUGGAUUUUUUAAAAAUAGAAUAUUUGAUAAAUUAACACGACAUAUGAAAAAUCGUAGAUUUAGAAAUGAUUCGUUAUCAGUCAUUAAUAUUAUGAUUAAACGAUUAAUAUGUUUUAUUACAUGUCCUUUUAUAAAAUCAUCGAUACAUAAUGAUCAGGAUUGUUAGAAUAUUUUAUAUACAUUGUCGAGCAAUUUUAUAUGACGUUAAAAAACCAUGACAUUUUUUUUUUUUUUUUUUUCUUUCAAUUUUUUAUUUCUAAAAGAAAAAUAAAUUGGUUAUUAUUAUUUAAAAGAAAAAAAAAAUUAUUUGAAAAGAUUAAAACAUUUAAUUGUUAUUUCGAGUCGUUUUUGAAUUAUAAUAUUUGUUUUUUUUUUUAUUUAAAAAAAAUCUCCGAGUAUUUACGGUUGAAAGUAAAAUACAUGAAUUGACUUAAAGUCAUUUUAAAUUUAUAAUCUCCGUUUGUGGAAAAAAAAUAUUCUAUGUAUAUAUGUCAUUGUGUUUUUUUUUUUUUUUUAAUUCUCUUUUUCUUUGCACUUCAAUCCACGUAUCCUUCAUUCCAAUUAAACUUUUUCAUGAAGCACAGUAAACUGAAAGAGAAAAAAAAAAUAAUUUUAAGGCUACAGGUGUUUCAAUUUAAAAAACCCUAUGGUCGGUUAAUUAAAAUGCGUAUGUAUACACUUGUCGUUUUUUUUUUUUUUAUUUUUGUAAAAGGAGAAAAAAAAAAAAGAGUGAGUAUCUGACAAAAUUUGUUUUUGAUUAUUUUUUUUUUUAUUUUAAAUUUGUUUAUUUUUCUGUAUAUUUUAUUUUUUAUUAAUCCGUCGUGUUAUUGGAUCCGUGUCAUUGUCAAUCAGAGGCAUUUGUAAAAUUACUCGAUCAUUUUGAAAAUAAAAAAAAAUCAACACCAAACACGACACCAUUA